ACAACUCGCAGAGGCGCAAAAGUAGCAGCCCUGCUUUGCUUUGGGAGCCCAGACGAAAAGGAGAGAGCUCCAGGGCGCUGAGGACGCGCGGGAGAAUCUUUCCCGGAGCGUUCUGCCUAAGGAAGGGCUCAGCUUGCAGACGCGCAUACGAAGCUUUCAGCUCAUCCGGAUCCAAGCGACGGGACAAUUAGAGAGAAGGAGCUUGCUGGCAUGCCCAGUCCUAAAAAGUGAGCCUGCUACUUGAUUUGCAAAAACAGAAAUAUUCACGGCCGCGGCUGCAGCAGCAAGAAUAAGAAAGGUGAAAUUGCUUAAGGACCGGGGUCUCCCAACUGGUAUGGCAUCUGUCCUGGGGAGCGGCAGAGGAUCUGGAGGGCUAAGCAGUCAACUCAAAUGCAAGUCUAAGCGAAGGAGGAGGAGGAGGUCAAAGAGGAAAGACAAAGUAAGCAUACUGUCAACCUUCCUCGCUCCCUUCAAGUACCUAAGUCCUGGCACCACAAACACGGAGGAUGAAGACACUCUAAGUACCAGCAGUGCUGAAGUGAAGGAAAACCGAAAUGUGAGCAACCUGGGGACCAGGCCCCUGCCCACGGGAGACUGGGCCAGAGGCAGCACACCCAGCGUUAAACGGAAAAGGCCGCUGGAGGAAGGAAACGGGGGACAUUUCUGCAAACUCCAGGUGAUCUGGAAGAAGCUCUCCUGGUCUAUGACACCCAAGAACGCGCUGGUCCAGUUGCACGAGCUGAAGCCGGGGCUACAGUACCGGAUGGUAUCACAGACUGGCCCAGUGCACGCCCCAGUUUUCGCUGUGGCUGUAGAAGUAAACGGGCUCACAUUUGAAGGCACGGGGCCUACUAAAAAGAAGGCCAAGAUGCGGGCAGCAGAGAUGGCCCUGAAGUCUUUCGUGCAGUUCCCCAAUGCCUUCCAGGCCCACCUGGCCAUGGGCAGUAGUACCAGUCCGUGCACCGACUUCACAUCUGACCAAGCCGAUUUCCCAGACACGUUGUUCAAGGAGUUUGAACCAUCCUCAAGAAAAGAGGACUUCCCGGGCUGUCGUCCUGUUGACACUGAGUUUCUGUCCUCCGCCUACCGGCGAGGACGACUGCUCUACCACACAUUGGACCUAGUGGGCCAGGCUCUGCCUGACAGGUCCAGGCUGGCUCCCGGGGCUCUGGGGGAGAAGAACCCUGUGGUGGUUCUGAAUGAGUUACGCUCAGGUCUGCGGUACGUGUGCCUCUCGGAAACAGCCGAGAAGCCCCGAGUCAAGAGCUUUGUCAUGGCUGUGUGCGUGGACGGGAGGACGUUCGAAGGCUCUGGACGCAGCAAGAAGCUGGCCAAGGGCCAGGCGGCACAAGCUGCCUUGCAGGCCCUCUUUGACAUCCGGCUGCCUGGUCACAUACCCAGCAGGAGUAAAAACAACCUCUUGCCACAGGAUUUUGCAGACUCUGUGUCCCAGCUGGUCACACAGAAGUUCCGUGAACUGACAGUCGGCCUGACAUCUGUGUAUGCCCGCCACAAAACACUGGCAGGAAUCGUCAUGACCAAAGGCUUGGACACCAAACAAGCACAGGUCAUCGUUCUGUCCUCUGGGACCAAGUGCAUCAGCGGUGAACACAUCAGUGACCAGGGGCUGGUUGUCAAUGACUGCCACGCUGAGAUAGUGGCCAGGAGGGCAUUUCUUCACUUCCUCUACACUCAGCUGGAACUGCACUUGAGCAAGCAUCGAGAGGACCCUGAGAGAUCAAUAUUUGUACAUUUAAAGGAAGGAGGCUACAGGCUGCGAGAAAACAUCCUCUUCCAUCUCUACGUGAGCACAUCCCCUUGCGGAGAUGCCAGACUCAACUCUCCCUACGAAAUCACCACGGAUUUGAACAGCAGCAAACACAUCGUCAGGAAGUUCCGAGGGCACCUGCGCACCAAGAUUGAGUCUGGGGAAGGGACAGUACCUGUCCGGGGCCCCAGUGCAGUCCAGACUUGGGAUGGCAUCCUGCUCGGGGAGCAGCUAGUCACCAUGUCCUGCACAGACAAGAUUGCCAGCUGGAAUGUGCUGGGACUGCAAGGCGCUCUCCUCUGUCACUUCAUCGAGCCUGUGUACCUCCACAGCAUCAUUGUGGGAAGCCUGCACCAUACGGGCCACCUUGCACGGGUCAUGAGCCACAGGAUGGAGGGCAUCGGCCAGCUGCCUGCCUCAUACCGGCAAAACAGGCUUCUUCUUAGUGGUGUGAGUAACGCCGAGGCCCGGCAGCCGGGAAAAUCUCCCCACUUCAGUGCCAACUGGGUCGUGGGCAGUGCCGACCUGGAGAUCAUUAAUACCACAACUGGGAAGAGGAGCUGUGGAGGUUCAUCCCGGCUCUGCAAGCACGUGUUUUCUGCUCGGUGGGCACGGCUGCAUGGUAGGCUAAGCACGCGGAUCCCAGGCCAUGGAGACACACCAUCCAUGUACUGUGAGGCCAAGCUGGGGGCCCACACCUACCAGUCUGUUAAACAGCAGCUCUUCAAGGCUUUUCAGAAAGCUGGUCUUGGCACCUGGGUGAGAAAACCACCAGAGCAAGAUCAGUUCCUACUAAGUCUCUAAGUCACUAGACUCCUUUGCCAUUGGACCAGAGUGAAAUGCCUGGAGAGGACGCAGCCGUAUGAUGGUGUGGUGUGUCCAUCAGUUCUUGUCCUUUGUUCUCCUUCAGUGCUCAAGAACACAAGUGUCCAUGUUUGGAUGAGAGACUAGAUUUGAGUUUGAGUCAUGUUGCUUCUCCCUGGGUUCUUAGUUGCAAGAACUUCAUCUGCCAUAGCUAGUGGUAGUAGCAUCAUUGUAUCAGCCCCAUCCCUUACUGAGGGUCAAAAGGAAAUCAUUAGUUCAGGCACGGGGAGCUUAGAGGGAAGACUGAAAAGUGGUACUGAAGUGUGACCUCAUCACCUUCCUCUGACUCCCUUCUCUUUCCAUGGGCAUCUCUAACAGUGUGAUUGAGUCUCACCAGCACAAGUUUAUAUGACACUGCAAGAUAAGCCACAGGUGAAAAGAAAAGCCAUGGGCCCCCCCAACUCCAAAGAAGCCAACAAGAAUGCCAUAUUGUUUUCAUUAUUCAUUCAGACCUUUCCAACUUCUUUCAAAAAAGACUUGAGAUAGGCACUGUUGAAGAGCAACUAAAGUAAAUGAAAACCAUAUGCUUA